CACUACCAACCUCGUUUAAACUAAGCUGCACGUGUUUACCAUUUCGUUUGGUGGGACAAACUUUGUUAAACAUUUACCCAUAAUGGCUGAGGAAGGACCACCGGAGGCUAGCAUCGACUUUGUUCCCGCACUGUGCUUCGUGCCACGCGGCGUGGCCAAGGAUCGCCCCGACAAGAUCGUGCUGACGCAGGCGGAGCUGGCGAGGAUUAUCGGUGAUACGCAGCAGGAACUGGACGAAGAAAGCGACGAGGAGGCGGAGGAGGGCAACGAUGAUACCAAUGGCAUGGAUGUGGACGACAACGAGGAUGCCAACAGUGAGAACCGCAAUCCCCAGGACGAGUUUGAGUUCCAGAAUUACGACAACGAGGAGAACGCCAAUGUCACCAGCCUGGCCAACAUUGUGCAACCCGACGAGCAAGUCCCCGAUGAGGACGAAGACUCUGAGGCCGAGGACGAGGUGAUCAAGCCCAGCGACAACCUGAUUCUGGUGGGCCAUGUCCAGGACGAUGCCGCCUCCAUGGAGGUGUGGGUGUUCAACCAGGAAGAGGAGGCUCUCUACACGCACCACGACUUCUUGCUGCCCAGCUUUCCGCUCUGCAUCGAGUGGAUGAACCACGACGCGGGCAGCGAUAAGCCUGGCAAUAUGUGCGCCAUCGGCUGCAUGGAUCCGAUCAUCACCAUCUGGGACCUGGACAUCCAGGACUCCAUAGAGCCCACCUUUAAGCUGGGCUCCAAGGGCAGUCGCAAGCAGAACAAGGAGCAGUACGGACACAAGGACGCCGUGCUGGAUCUCUCGUGGAACACCAACUUUGAGCACAUUCUGGCCAGCGGUUCUGUGGACCAAACGGUGAUUCUCUGGGACAUGGACGAGGGUCAGCCGCAUACCACCAUCACAGCCUUUGGAGAGAAGGUUCAGUCGAUAGAGUUUCAUCCCCAGGAGGCCCAGAGCAUUCUGACCGGCUGCGCCGAUGGAUUUGUUCGACUCUUCGACUGUCGCGACUCUGAUGCUGUGAACUCUUCCAGCAUCGAGUGGAAAGUGGACGGCGAGGUCGAGAAGGUCCUGUGGCAUCCCACCCAGAACGACUACUUUAUCGUGGGCACCAACGACGGUAGCCUGCAUUACGCCGACAAGCGAUCUCCCGGCCAGGUGCUGUGGUCCGUAAAGGCCCACAACGAGGAAAUCUCCGGUGUGUGCUUCAACAGCCAGAUGCCCAACCUUUUAACCUCCAUAUCAACGGAGGGCACUCUCAAGGUGUGGAACUUCAACGGCACAGAGGCCAAGCACGUCUACGAGCACGAGUUCAACAUGGGUCGCCUGCAAUGCAUGCGCCAGUGUCCCGAGGAUCCCUACACCCUGGCCUUCGGCGGGGAGAAGCCUCCGCGCUGUGCGAUUUUCAACAUCAAGAACUCAAUAGCUGUGCGCCGGACGUUUGGCAUCGCCGAUGCGGAAUAGUUUCCAUCUGUAUAUAUGCAUUGUAUGACUAUUAAAUAAAUUUGAAUUAUAUUUAAGGACCCUAA